ACUUUUUGCUCUAUUUAAAAUUAAUUUUAACACGUGAUGGCCCAAUAUCACCAUUAAGAAUUGCGUUUAAUUUUAUCCAAACCGGUAGCCAUAGGGAGGAGUAAACGUUGCCUUAGCAACAACCUCGGAUCGCUUCAGACUGACCAAAUUAGCUCGACUUAUUUAACAGACUUUUACUUUCUUGAACCUCUGGAGUCACGAUGGCAACAAACAACCCGAGCGUGUUCCUCCUCACGGUGAACGGGCAGAUUGAGGGAGCGAACUUUCCAGAGCAUGACAAUCUGUACUGCAAAUAUUGUUACGUGUACGGCCACGACUGGGCUCCAACCACAGGACUGGAAGAAGGAAUAACUCAAAUAACCUGCAAAAACAGUCAGACACAGAGAUUAGUCUGGAACUUUCCUCUGGAGACGACGUUUAAGAGCACAAAUCCUUUUGGGUGGCCUCAGCUGGUGGUGAGUGUGUACGGACCAGAUGUGUUUGGUAAUGAUGUGGUCAGAGGCUAUGGAGCAACGCACAUCCCCUUCACACCUGGACAACAUAAAAGAUCCAUCCCCAUGUUCGUUCCCGAGCCCACGUGGAGACUUCAGAAGUUCACAGGCUGGCUGCUGGGGCGGCGGCCCGAGUACACAGACCCUAAGGUCGUGGCCCAGGGCGAAGGCAGAGAAGUGACAAGAGUUUGUUCCCAAGGCUCUGUAACCGUCUCCUUUCACAUCAUGAGUAAAGACAUGAAGAAGAUGGGCUACGACGUGGGACCGUCACACGUCCACUCUGCCACGCCGGACUGAGCCACACCAACUCCUCCACGUGGAUUUAGAGCAGUCAGCCACAACCUCUGAACUCUGAGCUGACUCGCCUUUUGGAAAACAACCAGUCAGAAACCGACACAGGAACACUAGAGGGGCUGAUAAAUGGAUGCUCUGACUGUAGUUAUCUUCUCACGGAGGUCACAUGGGAAGGUGGAGUCUGGAUGAUGCUGUGAUUGAUCCUAAAGCUGGCAUCUGACUGAGCUGUAGGGAAAACAUGGAGUCACCUGGAACGGGUUCCUAUGAAACUUUGACCAUAUCAGUCAUGAAUUUCAGGUUUUUUCACUAAAUGAAACUAAACUCGGCUUUUCCAGACACCUCUAAAUAAACUCACACAGCACCAUUAGUCGUUUUCUGCUCUCGACAAACAUGCCAGUGGUCGUAAUGUAAUGCUGAUCCAGUGGUUAUUCCUGUCAUCCUUUAAAUAUGUAACGUCUCUU